AUGGCCAGGAUCAAGCAGGGGAUCUUCUCGUGGGAGGAUGUACUGGCGCAACGGUAUCAGAGCAAUAAGCCAACCGCCCUCCCUCGGACCCGGCGAUCCAGCAGCGCCCAACAGGGUCAACGUGCGUCGCAGCCGGAGCAGCAGCCGCAGCAAAAGCCCGACACUCGGGGCGAAUGGAGCUUCCAGCGGGACAGCGCCCUCCUCGCGAAGCUGUCGCCGGAACUGCGCAUGGCGAUCUGGGAGCUGGUGCAGGGCGGGAUGCGGAUCCAUAUCGUGCAGCGCGCGAAUCGACGAAUGGGGCAUGUCGUGUGUCCCGAGACGAGUGGUGGGGGUCGAGACAGGGUGAUGGUCCGGGGGUGUGAGAUCUGCCAGGGUGGGCUUCCCAGCGCGACGAAAGCUGCGAGCAUGAGGACAACAACGGCGGCGGCGACGACGGGGCUUCUGGCGUUGGCGUUGACGUGUAAGCAGAUCUACACCGAAUCCAUCUACACCCUCUACACGCUCAACACCUUCGAAUUCAGCAACACCUGGUCCCUGACGUACCUGCGGCCCACGAUCCCCGCGGACUUCUGGGACGCGAUCCGCGCCGUCGAGCUCCGCUGGGCCUUUCCGGGCCACUGGCUGCCCAGCAAGGACCCCGUCAAGACGGUCUACUUCGCCGCCGGGCGGCAGCAGUGGGUCGAGACGUGCCAGGCCGUCACACGCAUGCGCAACCUCCAGACCUUCACGCUGCAGCUGCCCUGCAGCUGGUUCGGCGAGCCCGUCGAGAAGCUGCCGUUGUUCCUGGAGCCGCUGCGCGGGCUGCACCUGCCCCGGCGGCGGUGGACGCUGCAGCUGCCGCGGCAGCCGUACUAUGUGCAGGAGGUGGGGAAUAUCGAUGGGGAGUUGCGAGAGAGGGGGAUUGAGUGUUGUGUUUGGGCGGUGGGGGAAGGGGUGGGGGGUGGUCGGUAG